AAUUUGCGUGGGUGUUGAUACACGAGCCCCACCUCUCAUCUGGACUAUAAUAAUGGCUACUGCUUCAAAGAGUCUUCCAAUGCUUUAUAGGGACUUGGGGAGAACUGGAAUGAGACUCUCUAUUGUGGGCCUCGGUGGAUCAGGAUGGGGCAAGAACUAUGGGCCAUAUGAUGAGAAAGAAGCCGUCAGGGCUUUCCACCAUGCUCUUGAUCGUGGUGUUAAUUACAUAGACACGGCAUAUUGGUAUGGCCAGGGACAUUCUGAAAAGUUCCUUGGUCAGCACCUCCUGCCGACAGUUUCUCGUGAUAGAUACUUCAUAGCAACCAAAGUCGGUCGCUACGAAUUGGAUCUACCAAACAUGUUUAAUUUCACUGCCGAGAGGGUCACAAAAAGCCUCGAGGAGAGCCUCCGUCGACUUCAGCUCAGCGAGGUUGACAUCAUUCAAAUUCACGACGUAGAGUUCUCAUUAUCGGUGAACCAGAUUCUCCAUGAGACUCUCCCAGCGCUAGAGAGACUGAAAGAGAAAGGUCUCUGUCGCCAUAUUGGUAUCACUGGGUACCCACUCGGUCCUUUAAAAGAAGUCAUUUCACAGAGCUCAGUUCAAAUCGAUAGCAUUUUAUCGUAUUGUCGUCUCUCUCUUAAUGACUGGACGUUAAAAAACGAGUUCCAAUUUUUUAAAGAAAAUAAAGUCCCUAUUAUCAAUGCUUGCCCUGUAUCAAUGGGUUUAUUGACCGAGGGGCCUGUACAGGAUUGGCAUCCGUCUCUCCCAUGGAUUAGAGACGCUUGCAACAGAGCUGUCCAAUACUGUAGGGAACAAGGAGUGGAUAUAACUAAACUAGCUCUUCAUUAUUCCACUUCUUUUGAAGAGGCAGUGACUACACUGGUGAGUAUGUGUGACACGGAGAUGGUUGAUAAGAAUCUUGACUCGGCUCUCUCUCCUCUCACUCCUCAUGAGGAAGGCGUGAUGCAACAUUUACUGGAUAAUGUUUUUGGUGACAUGACUCAGAGGCACUGGGAAGGAGUGGAACUCGUUAGCUACUGGAAUGCUACCAGAAAGUGAUUAUAUAUUUUAGAAGACAGAAUUUAAAGUGACAUUAUUUUUUUGUAAAAAUAACAAUACAUUGCUACCACAUUAAAUUAUUGGUUAUUAGUUUUAAAGUUUCCAAUUUGUUCCCAGUA